AGCAUCAUCGUACCGGAUAGCACGAGUCCAAGAAAGAGAAACUUGAAGAACAUGAGCAAACGCCAAAAGUGACUUCCAAUCAGUGGAGCACACAUCCAGCACACUCUAGAAGUUUAAGAGACCCAAAGCAGACAGAAGACGAUGAUCGCGUCUCAUUUACUGGCGUACUACUUCACCGAGCUUCACCAGGACCACGUCCAGAGAGUGGAUAAGUACCUGUAUCACAUGCGUCUGUCCGACGAGAACCUGAUGGAUGUGUCCAAGCGCUUCAGGAGGGAGAUGGAUAAAGGACUGGGCCGAGACACUAACCCAACCGCAGCCGUCAAGAUGCUCCCCAGCUUCGUCCGCUCCACACAUAAUGGCACAGAAACGGGAGACUUCCUCGCUCUGGACCUGGGAGGAACAAAUUUCCGAGUUCUGCUCGUUAGGGUGUCCAGUAAUGGGAAGCAAAAGGUGGAGAUGGAGAACCAGAUCUACGCUAUUCCAGAGAACAUCAUGAGGGGCAGCGGGACAGAGCUCUUCGAUCACAUAGCUGAAUGCUUGGCUAAUUUCCUUGAGAAACUGGGCAUCAAAGUCAAGAAGCUGCCUCUUGGCUUUACCUUUUCGUUUCCUUGCCAGCAGAUCAAGCUAGAUGAGAGUUUUGUGGUGUCCUGGACCAAAGGUUUUAAGGCGAGUGGAGUGGAGGGGAGAGAUGUUGUGGGCCUGUUGAGAAAAGCCAUCAAGAAGAGAGGGGAUUUUGACAUUGACGUGGCUGUGAUCAAUGACACUGUCGGCACCAUGAUGACCUGCGGCUACGAUGACCAUCACUGUGAGAUCGGCCUCAUCGUCGAGAUCCCGGUUUCUGAAGAUCAGUGGGGAUACACUGUUUCUUUACAGCUGUUUGAGAAGAUGAUCAGUGGGAUGUAUAUGGGUGAGCUGGUCAGACUGAUCCUGGUGAAGAUGGCUAAAGACGGCCUGCUCUUCCAGGGACACACCACUCCAGAUCUGUUCACCACUGGCCACUUCCAGACCUCCUUCGUCUCUGCCAUCGAGAAUAAAAAGUUUGAGAAGAUGAUCAGUGGGAUGUAUAUGGGUGAGCUGGUCAGACUGAUCCUGGUGAAGAUGGCUAAAGACGGCCUGCUCUUCCAGGGACACACCACUCCAGAUCUGUUCACCACUGGCCACUUCCAGACCUCCUUCGUCUCUGCCAUCGAGAAUAAAAAGUCAGUACCUUUUUGUGCUUGUGUGUUUCUUGCUAUACUAAAAAAGUGCGGCAGAAAUCGUGGCGCCUUCUUGGCACUGGAUCUGGGUGGCACAAACUUCAGGGUGCUCUUGGUAUGUGUUCGAAGUGGGAAAAGACGGAGCGUGGAGAUGCAUAAUAAGAUCUACACCAUCCCUCAAGACAUUACCCAGGGCACCGGCGAGGAGUUAUUUGAUCACAUAGUGCACUGCCUUGCUGACUUCCUGGAGUAUAUGGGUAUGAAGGGAGCAUCGCUGCCUCUGGGAUUCACCUUCUCGUUUCCCUGCCAUCAGACCCGACUGGAUCAGGGAAUCUUGAUAAAGUGGACAAAGGGCUUCAAGGCCUCGGGGUGUGAGGGGGAAGAUGUGGCCACACUACUGAAAGACGCCAUCCAUCGCAGUGAGGAGUUUGAUCUGGAUGUGGUAGCAGUGGUGAAUGACACCGUGGGCACCAUGAUGACUUGUGGGUACGAGGAUCCUCAAUGUGAAGUUGGGCUUAUUGUCGCUUUGCCAGCAUCAUGCGGGAAACCUUAAGAGACCUGGCCCCCGACUGUGAGGUUACUCUUGUCCAAUCAGAAGAUGGCAGCGGAAAAGGUGCCGCCCUCAUCACGGCCGUGGCUUGUCGAUUAAGAGACGCUAGAAAGUAGAGACUGAACAAAAUAACGUAAAGGGGAAAAGAUAACGAGGGAGAAAUUACACACUGAGCUUCCACAGAUGUGACCUUACUGAAGCAACACUCCUGUCUGUAAAAGAAUGUAUCUUAUUUAUUUUUCUUGCAUUUUGUGCUUUAGGUCAUGCAUUGCAAGGACUUGGCAUAUGCUGAUGGGGGGGUUGUUUGUAGAAAAGGGGAAAACAAUUCAUAACUAUUAUGUGUAUUGUUACUGAUUUGAAUUACUGUACUGUCUGAGGAAAAGCACAAAGAGAUUUUAUUGACCUGUUGAGCUGUGAAUGAUGUAAUUUAUUUCCGUCCAUGCAUAUUUCCAGGCUGCAGAUUAAAGGAUUCUUCUGUUCAUUUACUCACCGUCAAAUUGCACUCUUAAAAAAAUAAAGGUGCUUCACAGCGAUG